GUGUAACAUAUAAAGCUAUUUAUAUUUGCGAAAUAAAUCAUCUUGUCUUAGUUAUAGAUUUUUACAGACUUUUUCUGGAGGUUUAAGUUGUUCUCUCACUUGCUGCUAUUUACUUCUUUGUGGUUAUUAUUUUUACUUUGGUGUAUUUAACUCAGCCUCGUUUUGGAUCCAAAAAAUUUCCUUUGUUGUUUACAGAGAAAGUAUUGAUUUGCUAAAGCUCGUUGUUGUAUAUAUUGGUUGUGGUGACAAUUGCCGUAAAGUUUCCAUAACAGCUAUCUACAGAGAUCAUGCCUAAACGGAAACCAUCAAACGCCAUUGGGGGCAAGAGAAAGGCUUCAAAAGCAUCACCUUCUGAAGAAACCUCUGAACAAAGAUUGGCCUCACUCAUAGCGACGGCUAUUGUCAAAGACAAGACGGUCCUUAAAGAAAUUAUGGACAUUUUACCAAACGAAGAAUCUAAUGAAGAUGUCGUCCAAUCUCGAAAUCUGGACGGUACGGAAAUUGAAUCAAAUGCUUCUAGGAACAUCUCAGAACCCGAAGAUUCAGCUUCAACAUUGUCCACAGAUUCUGUUGAACUUUCAGACUGUCAGGAUCUUUCUGUUGAGCAGCCUGUAGAUUUAGGAAUAUUUUCUUUAAUUCACCCAGUACUAAAUCCUAGAUUAAGAACAAAAAUUUUGAACAAAGAAUAUGUUGAUUUAUCAGAAGUUUUUUUCGCAAAUUCAAAUGUUUCAGAAACAACAACAAUUCAAAAAUUUCAUAACUCAACCGUAAAGUCUGUACACAAAGCAGCUAAGAAGGAAAUCACCAGCAUAAUGAUUUGGACAAGAGCUUUCCAAAUAUAUGCUGAUAUUUACACAUCCAAAUAUCCCUCAGAAGCCCCACAAAUGUUUAGAUACAUGUCUAUCAUUCAGACAUUGGCAAAUCAAAAUGCCCCUUGGCUAUCCUAUGAUGCCAAAUUUCGACAAAUGAAAUCGACAUCAAACAUACCUUGGGGUACUAUCCAUACCGAAACAUACUUACAUUGUUCGAUCAUGAAGCCUUCCUUUCGUUCACAUAGCACAUCCUCUGCAAAAGUCCCACAACACAUUUUGCAGAGAAGAGGUUACUGUUGGGACUACCAAAAAUUUGCUAACUGCUUUAAGCAGCAAUGUGAAAGGUUCCACAAAUGUGCUAACUGUGAACACUUUAACCAUGGUGCCAGUAGAUGCACUAAACCCUUCAGACCUUCCAACCACUCGGAAAACUCACAACGUUCUCGACCAGAUGGAUUUUACAAGCACCAGCAGAACAAACCAAACUCAAAGUGAGUUCUCUCUACCAACCCCUAUUCAGGUCACUUCCCUCUCUUUUUAUUUAGAAAACUAUUUUGAAGACAAGAAAACUUUCUUGUUAGAUGGCUUCAAAUAUGGGUUCGCCCUUGGUUCCGAAGGUCAACUACCACCCAAAUCAUGUCAAAAUCAUCCUUCAGUCGCCCUUCAUGAAACAUUUGUUCAGAGUAAACUUACUUCUGAAAUUAGUAAAAAAAGAAUUAAAGGUCCAUAUCCCUUUCCACCUUUUCAUAAUCUAAUUUGUAGUCCUCUUGGAGUUGUGCCUAAACGUUCCCCAAAUUCUUUUCGUCUCAUUCAUGACCUUUCCCAUCCGAAAAACGGCACUUCUGUCAAUUCUACUAUUCCAGAAAGCAAAUCACAUGUACAGUUAGAAAUGUUUGACCAUGUGGCCUCUCUUGUCCUUAAAUCAGGCCAGCAUUCUUUAAUAGCAAAAGCUGAUAUUGAAGAUGCUUUCAGAAUAAUUCCCAUUUCUCCUUUAGACUACCAUAAACUUGGAUUUUCAUUUCAAAAUAAAUACUAUUUUGACACUGUCCUUCCAAUGGGCGCUUCCUCUUCAGUUGCGAUUUUUGAAUCUUUCUCUAAAUCUAUUCAGUGGAUCUUGCAACAUAAAUUUGCAGUCUCAAAAGUUUCACACAUUAUUGACGAUUUCAUAUUUGUAGGUUCACCUAAUACCCAUGAAUGUCAAGAAUCUUUAGACAAGUUCAUGCAUUUAGCAUCUUUAGUUGGAAUACCAGUCAAACAUGACAAAACAGUGCUUCCAGCUACUUCAGUUGAGGUUCAUGGGAUUGUCAUAAACACAACUACCCUUUCAGCACACCUUCCAAGCUUAAAGAUAACAAAUCUCAAAAGAAUUCUUGGUCAGUCAAUGCAGAAAAAGAAAGUGACACUUCAUGAGCUACAGUCUAUUUUGGGUCAUCUUAACUUCGCAUGUAAGGUCAUUAAACCAGGGCGCUGUUUCCUUCGUAGACUGUAUGACCUGACAAAAGGUCAUACAAAUGGUUCUCAUUUUAUCAAAUUAUCCAAAGAUUGCAGGGCUGACCUUAAACUUUGGUACACUUUUCUUGAGAAUUAUAAUGGGGUUACUCUCCUCACUAAUGACAGGUUUAUUUCGUCUAAAACUUUGCGUCUGUACUCAGAUGCUGCAGGUUCAAAAGGUUUUGCGUGUACUCACCAAAAUUCUUGGACUUUUGGUGAAUUUCCUGAGACUGUUAAAACACUACAUAUUAAUAUCUUGGAACUUUUCCCGAUAGCACUGGCAGUAGUUAUGUUUGGGAAAUACUGGGCAAACAAAAACAUACUGUUUGUGUGUGAUAACUUAGCUGCUGUUCACUGUUUAAACAAACAAACAUCUAAAGACAGUAUAAUGAUGAAACUUAUUCGUAUCAUUGUUUUAAAGGCACUUGACUGCAAUUUUUGUUUUCAUGCCACGCAUAUUUCAUCCAAAGACAAUCUCAUAUGUGACAAACUAUCUCGUUUGCAGGUUGCCGAAGCUUUGAAGCUGGCACCGCACUUAGACGAUCAUCCCACACCAAUACCAAUCAACAUGUCACCAAGAAGAUUGCUAAAGUAAAACAGUCCUUAAUAGAUGCAUCUUUGGCGACUUCAACCCACCAAUCUUAUGAACGUUUUUGGAAUAGGUUUAAUGAUUUUGUUAUGUCACUUUCAUCCAAAUUUUCCCCAUUGCCUGCCGUUCCUGAAGUUAUACAUGAUUUCAUUGCCCACCUUCACAUGCUUUCAUAUUCACCAGCCACAAUAAGUAGCCAUCUGUCAGCUAUUUCACAUUUUCAUCAACUGUCAGGUUUUCCAGAUCCAUGUAAAAAUUUUACCACUCAGAAAAUGCUUCUCGGCUGUAGAAAAACAAACAAAAAAGCUGACACACGAUUACCCAUUUUAAAUUCUCACAUUGACUUGCUGCUUAAAGCCAUACAUCAAUUAUAUGUAUUUAACCCUUACCUAAAGAUACUGUAUAGUGCCAUCAUUUUGACAACUUAUCAUGGGUUUUUCCGUGUUGGGGAGUUACUCCCAGCCACAAUUUCUUCAGCAUGCAAGGUGGUCCAAAUAGGGGAUGUCUGUAUUAACAACAAAGCCAUUCGGUUAAAACUUCUUAACCACAAAACCAGGAAAACAGAUAAACCAAUUAUGAUUCUCAUUCGGAAAAUGUCUAAAAACUGUCCUGUUCAAGCUUUACACCAUUAUUUAAAAUUACGAGGUAAACAGUCGGGUGCCUUAUUUCAAACAGCUUGUGGUUCAGUCGUCACACAACCUUCCUUCCGUGAAAUUUUUAAAUCUCUUUUAAUCUGUGCUAAUUUAUCACCUGCCUCUUACAAACUGCACAGUUUUCGAAUAGGAGCUUGUACACAAGCAAUAAUUUCAGGUACACCUGAGAAUGAGGUUAUGCGUAUGGGACGUUGGAAGUCUCAUGCCUUUAAAAGAUACAUUAGAGUACCUAUGGUUACAACUCGUAACACAAGAUCUACUUCUGAAUAGUUUGAGGACAUUGGGGUGUGUUCUCAAUUCCCAUCUAAUUGCAAAUUAUUCCUAACUUCUGCUACAAUACGGCUUUACGGUUUGACACAUUGACAUUUUUUAAUUACUUAGCGCUCUUUUUUACAUCAUUCUUACUUUUAGAUUUAUUGCAGAAUUACUUUUGUUUUCAUAAUUUAGUUUGAAGUUGUCUAAUUAAAUACAUUCACCGCUUAAGCUUUUCUCAGAAGAACAUUGGGGUGUGUUCUUCUGCUAUUUCUUUUCGUUCUUAAAACAAAACUUCAUUUAUUAUGUGCAGUUUUAUUAUAUACAUACAUGUAUGCAUGUGCCAUACUUUAAUAUUGUGUAAAUGUUUUUUAUCACCACCAUAUCAAACUGAUUACAUUAUCUACUCAUUUGACAUUUAAAGUAUAUCCUUUUGUUUCAAUUAAAGUUUUGUUUACACUGUACAUAUUUUUACACAGGAAAAUAUUGGGGUGUAUUUUCCUGUCUAGACCAAAAAUUAUAUUAUCACCUUUUAUAUUUGUAUUUAUAUGUACACUUUAUGCUAACACAGGAACUUAUUGGGGUGUAUUUUCCUGUCUAGACCAAAAAUUAUGUAAUCACAUUGUAUAUUCGUAUGUAAACUUUAUGCUAACAUAGGAAAAUAUUGGGGUGUUUUUUCUUGUUCAGAUCAUGCAAAUUGUCUUAUUAUUUAUAUGUACACAUUCUGUUUUCACAGGGAGAUAUUGGGGUGUAUUUACUU